CUUUGACAACGUGUGCGGUUUUCAAAUUUAGUCUGCGAAAUUGUUGCGGGUUUGAAGGGUUGUAUGUUGGCCUAAUUGAAGAAAUAUUUUACAACUUUGGGAAAAAUGGCUUGGCAAUUCGUAGGUGAAGCAGCGAAGCUGCAACUUGGGGCACUACAAAAAGUUAGGAUCAUAAUGGGCAAUGAAUCGUGUGAUCUGGAUUCAGCUGCAUCUGCCCUUGCGUAUGGCUAUCUCCAAAACUGUAUGGCAAACAGAAAUCCUAAUAUUGGUACGGUAAUACCAAUCCUAAAUAUUCCUCAGGAAGAUUUUAUCCUGAAGACUGAAGUUUGUUAUUAUCUUAAAAAGUGUGGUGUUCCACUCGGAAACCUGUUUUUCAGAGACACGAUUAACUUCGAUUUACUAAUGUCAUCUAGUGAAUUGGGGAUUGUGCUGGUUGACCACCAUGCCCUCUCUGAUAAGGACACUUCUCUUAAGCCAUAUGUGAUUGAGGUUAUUGAUCACAGACCUCUUGAUCCGGAUUGGCAGUGGGAGAAUGUAAAAAAGACCAUGGAGACUGUCGGUUCAUGUGCAACACUGAUAGCUGAUUUACUGAUUACUCAAAAUGAAUUUCCAGUGCCAGAAGAAGUUCUGAUGUUACUAUAUGGCACAAUCAUCUUAGACACGGCUUGCUUGUCGGAUAAUCCAAAGAAGUUUACUGACAAAGAUGUGUCAGUUCUGGAAGAGAUGGAGAAACGACUCGUGAAUAAGCCAGGCCGUAGUACUCUUUACAGCGAGCUACUGUCAAUUCGAUGUGAUAUAACUGAAUUUUCAAUUUCACAGUUAUUGAGGAAAGACUUGAAAGUAGUGUCUAAUAUCCCAGUUUCCUCACUCCCCCUUUUGGUUCAGGACUUCUUGAGCAUGUCAGAUGCAGAAGAAGAAGUAGAGAGAUUUGCUGAGAGUCACCAGUAUAAAGCUGUUGUGAUUUUAGGAGUAUCCAAAUUAGGCACUGAAUUAAAGAGAGAGAUUGCUAUCGUUUCGCAAGAAAGAAGUUUGCUUAAAGUGGUAUAUGCAGUCAACAGAUAUGAGAUAGGAGUGUCAUGUUUGGUGCUGAAACUCUGUUUAAACAAUCGGGACUUGAGGAAAAAGAAAUUGGAUGGCUGCAGUGAAGUAUUUCUCUGUUGUUCAAUGGUGCAUGGAUUGUUCUCCAUUCCAGUGUGUCUGUUUUAAAAAAAAGUGAAGAACUUGGAUUUCAGUGGUGGAGAACAAAGUGAAAUGUAAUAAGUGUUCCUGUAAUGCAGCUUCUUUGCAUUAUUUUAAACUGAAACUAUCCAUGUUUAUUCUCUCUCUCUCUCUCUCUCUCUCUCUCUCUCUCUCUCUCUCCCUCUCCCUCUCCCUCUCCCUCUCCCUCUCCCCCUUCCCUCUCCCCCCUCUCUCUCCC